AUGGCCCCUUCCCCUGCGCAGGGAUCUCCUUUCCCAAGCGGGCGGGGAGAUUUACCAUCCGCACAUGGAUCGCAUAGCACUCUGGGCUUGGCCCGUGAGAGGUGGAACCUGAAUGCGGCAGGCCUGCCUGCACAGGUCGUUGACACAAUUCAGAAUGCAAGGGCCCUUUCCACUCGCCGGCUCUACAGUGGCAAGUGGCGGGUUUUUGAGGACUGGUGCGACUCGAGGCACGCCAUUCCAAAUCAGUGUUCCGUGGUGGACCUACUGUGUUUCCCACAGGGAUUACUGGAAAAGGGUAAGGCCUUUUCCAUGAUUAAAGUGUACUUGGCGGCCGUCUCAGCUUGUCAUGUUGGCUUUGGGGAUAAGCCUGCAGGGCAGCGUCGCAAGCUCCCAGUUUCCAGGCCCCUGCUCCCUUUGUGGGAUUUAUCGGUGGUGCUGGAUGCCCUGUCUCAUCACCCAUUUGAGCCGUUGGAGGCAGUGGGGAUGAAGUUUGUGUCGCUGAAAGUGGUGUUGCUCUUAGCUUUAACCACAGCUAAGCGUGUGAGUGAUUUACAGGCUUUGUCUAUCUGUCCUUCCUGCUUGCAGUUUGCUCCGGGGAUCUCCAAGGUCUGCCUGGGGCCCAAACCGGCCUUUGUGCCUAAGGUGGUUGAGUCGACCUAUAGGUGUCUCACGGUGGAACUGUCGGCGUUUCACCCGCCUCUGUUCUCCUCUGCGGAGGAGCAGAGACUCAAUACAUUAUGCCCGGUGCGGGCCCUACAUGUAUAUGUGAGUCGGUCAGCUGCUUUUAGGAAAGGGGAUCAACUGUUCGUGUCUUGGGCCACUCCCCAUAGAGGCAAGCCUUUGUCCCGCCAGAGGCUAUCCCACUGGAUUGUAGAGGCUAUAUCAAUUGCUUAUGAAUGUAAGGGCUUGAGGGCCCACUCCAUAAGGGGUAUGGCUACUUCAUGGUCCUUAUUCAGGGGAGUGUCAGUACAUGACAAUUGUGCUGCGGCGAGCUGGGCUACGCCUCACACCUUUGUUAGGUUUUAUAGGCUGGAUGACUCAGGGCCUUCUGUUUCUCAAGCCGUGCUGGAGACGAUCUCAACAGACUCAAAGUGA